GUAAAUCCAAAUAAAAUUCUAAAACAUCUGUAAAACCCACACCACCCUGCCGACCUGCAAAACCCCACCCCUCUCCCUCUCCUCGUCCUCGCUCGCUCGCUCGAUCUGUUGAAAUCUCAACGCUCAGAGAAGGCAAGAUGGACCUGGCCGCUCUUCUACAUUCCUUCAUCCCAUCGUGGAGCUCAGCAGGCAUACUCCUGUCGUACCUUGUUUAUCUAGCGCUGGCCGGCGCCAUUCUGCCCGGAAAGACCGUUCCUGGUGCCGUGCUCUCCGAUGGCACCCGGCUGCACUACCGAUGCAACGGUUUAGCUUCACUAUUUGUAUUGAUGGCUCUUUUAGGGAUUGGCAUUAUCAUGAAGUUUGUAUCUCCAACGGUCAUAGCUGACAAGGGAGCCCAGCUGUUUUCAAUCACUUUUAUAUUCAGUGUGAUUGUUACUCUACUUCUGUACAUUACUGGAAGCAAGUCCCGUGAUAAGAGCUCCUCUCUAAGAGCACGUGUCACAGGAAACCUUUUGCAUGACUGGUGGUUUGGUGUACAACUAAAUCCUCACUUCAUGGGUGUCGAUCUUAAAUUCUUUUUUGUCCGAGCUGGUUUGAUGGGAUGGCUGUUCAUCAAUCUCUCUAUCUUCUCAAAAAGUCUUCAAGCUGGCGAUGCAAAUCUCUCUGUUAUUCUUUACCAGCUAUUUUGUGCGCUGUACGUUAUAGAUUACUUCUUUUAUGAAGAGUUUAUGACUUCAACGUGGGAUGUGAUUGCGGAGAGUUUGGGCUUCAUGUUGGUCUUUGGAGAUCUAGUAUUCAUUCCUUUCACUUUUAGCAUUCAGGGUUGGUGGCUUUUGGGAAACAAAGUGGAACUUUCUAAAGUAGCCGCCUUUAUGGAUUGCCUGAUUUUUCUCAUUGGCUAUCUAAUAUUUCGAGGAGCUAACAAGCAAAAGCAUGUUUUUAAAAAGGACCCCAAAGCUCCCAUAUGGGGCAAGCCCCCAAAAGUAAUUGGAGGGAAAUUGCUUGCAUCUGGUUACUGGGGAAUUUCAAGGCACUGCAAUUACCUUGGAGAUUUACUACUGGCAUUUUCAUUCAGUUUGCCAUGUGGAGCAAGUUCUGUAAUUCCAUAUUUCUAUCCCAUUUAUCUGCUAGUUCUGUUGGUGUGGAGGGAGAGGAGAGAUGAUUCCAGGUGCUCUGAGAAGUACAGAGAAAUCUGGGGAGAGUACUGCAACCAGGUUCCCUGGAGGAUUCUGCCAUAUGUUUAUUAAAUGGUGUUUUUUCCCUUUUUUCUUUUUUUUUUUUUUUUUGGUAAUAAUCAAAUUAGUCAAUUUGCAAAUUGGUAGCAAUUAAAUUAUUAGGCUAAUUACUUUCCUGCCCUUGAAGGUUGAAAAAGUUAAUUAUGGAGCUUUUGGUUUUGAGUGAUGGCUCGCAAUUUGACGAGCUUGUUAAUACGCGGCAUUUCUUGUGUUUGAUAGAAGUUUUGCUGGGACGACUGCUGAUCGUACUGAUAUUGCGGUUGUUGAACAGAUUGUUCGGCCUU